GAAUGGUUGGGGAUCAGCCUGUAUGUCCACCUCAGCUCCUGCUGCGGGGCUGGGGAGCAGUGCUGCUGUCUCAGUGCUUGUCCUCGGUGUUCUCCCAGAUCCCGGAUCCUGAGCUUUUACCCACAGAUCCCCCAAAGAAGCCGGACCCCGUCAACUCAGAGACCGUUGUUUUCUGGGGGCUGCGGUUAUGGCAGGUCAUCGGCAUCUUCUCGGUGUUUGUUUUAGCAGUUGUUAUCACUCUGUGCUGCAUAUUCAAAUGUCGAAUCCCGAGGACCAAAAAGGAAAUCGAGGCACGGCACAUGCAAAGACAGGCCGCCAAGAAAUACGCCAACACAUUAGAGACGGUGCCACCCCUGAAUGAGCUGACUGAGAUCCCAGGAUCUGCAAAGGCAGAAGAAAAUGAGGAGGUGACAACAGUCUCUGGGAAAGUGGACGCCGAUAAAGGAGAGAAGAAGAGCAAGGAGGGCAAGAAAGAGGGCAAGGGUGCCAAAGAGGGGAAAGGAGAUGAAAAGAAUGCAUCAACAAAGAAGAAGGGCGAAAAGGGUGAAAAGGAAGCGACCAAGAAAGAAGCUGGUGAAGGGAAAGGGAAGAGAUCUGGAGAGAAGGGAGACAAAGGAGAAAAGGGAGAAAAAGGAGGCAAAUCAGGGGCAAAAGGGGGAGGCAGAAAAGCUCAAAAGUGA